AUAAUAUAGCCCGUCUUAGUUUUUAGCGUCAUACUGUGGUGAAAGUUCUUUUUAAAGGUAUUUUUAUUAAAUAUUUAACUUGAAAUGUAUACGUGGGACAAUACGUGACUGGGCACAAUGAGACACAUUUUCCUUGUCUCAUACUCUUUAAGAGCCGUUCAUAAUGGGUGAUUAAAUAUCGGUUAAGACUAACCGGCAGAAUUCCAUCGGUAAUACUAAAGAAACUUUGUUGACGAUUGACUUAAUAUACAAUUCACAAUGCAAAAUACUAAUCAAAGACCAGAAUCUAGAAAUUGUAAUCCAUCCAAAAUUUAUAAAAAAUCAUGUUUCCUUGAUAUGUAUAAAGGAUUCCAGACGUUACUGAUAGGUGACUCUUUUUGUGAUGUAAAAUUGAAAACGGAUGAUCAAAAAAUAAUAACUGCACAUAAAGUGGUUUUAUCAGCAGCUAGUCCGUAUUUCCGUGCAAUUUUCACAAAUCGUGCAGAAAGAAAUCAUGAUCUUGUGGCUAUAAGAAAUGUAGAUUAUACCGCUUUACAGCUUUUAAUACAUUUUAUUUAUUCGGGUAAAAUCGUGGUUACUAAUGAAAACGUCCAGGACUUGUUAACAGCUGUAAAUAUCCUACAGUUAUACGAAGUAAAAGAGGCAUGUUGUGAUUUCUUACAGUCUCAACUUUUCCCCACAAAUUGUAUUGGUAUUAACGCUAUAGCUGAUUUACAUAGCUGUACAAAAUUGAGAAAAAUAUCAGAAUUAUAUAUUCUUCAACACUUUUCAGAAGUUAUUGGUGGUAACGAAUUCCUAUCCUCAUCAUCCGAACAAGUAAUAAAUUUGAUAUCCAGUGACAAACUUAUAGUUCCAUCUGAAGAAAAAGUUUUUGAAAGUGUAAUUACCUGGGUAAAAUAUGAUUUGGAUUCAAGACAAUGUAUUUUACCCCAAUUAAUGGAACAUGUACGUUUAGCAUUAACAUCAAAUGAUUACAUAAAAAAAAAAGUAGCUAAGGAUCCCCUUAUAAAGAAGUGUCUUGAAUGUAAACGUUACGUAUUUGAGGCAUUAAAAACACUCAAAGGAGAAGAGCUUAUCCCACAAAGCAUUGGGAAUAAGCCCAGAAAUGAAGAUAAAGUUAUAUUAGUUGUUGGUGGAAUUGAGUUUGGAUUAAGUAAAACUUUAGAAUAUUUCGAUCCAAUGACAGAGCAGUGGCAUUGUGGACCAGAAUUGAUUACCAAACACCGAAGACAUAGUCUAGUCGUAAUUCAAGAUAAUUUGGUAUUUGAUGUGGGUGGUUAUGAAGUUGGUUUAUCACCUUAUCGGUGUGUUCAUAUGCUAGAUAUAACUGAAAAUCCACCUCGUUGGCAACUAAGUGACGACAUGUUAAUUGAACGACAAUUUUUAGGUGUUGGUGUAAUAAAUGAUAAUAUCUAUGCCGUAGGUGGAUCAAAUGAUAGAAAUGGAGAUUUAAAAAGUGCCGAAGUUUUUGACUUCAAUACUAAAAAAUGGCGAAUGAUAUCCAGCAUGAAUACUUUGAGAUCUUCAUUUACGGUUGGAGUCCUGAAUGAUCUUUUAUAUGUGGUAGGAGGUUUUGAUCAAUCAUUACAGGCUUUAGACACUGUUGAGUGUUAUAAUCCCAGUACUGAUAUGUGGACACCAGUCGCAAACAUGCGUGAACGCCGCAGUUGUGCCGGUGUAGGAGUUUUAAAUGGUGAACUGUAUGUUGUAAGCGGUCGUAAUGGAUCAAACCUUUUGAGUAGUGUUGAAAAAUACAGACCAAGUACAGGAGUUUGGACAACUAUUGCAGACAUACUUUUACCUCGAAAAUUUGCUGAUGUAGUCGCAUUAAAUGGUUUAUUGUAUGUCGUCGGUGGAAUGAACAAUUCUUCUGUUUUGAAUUCUGUAGAAUGUUACAACCCAAACACCAAUACCUGGGCCACGGUCACUGCAAAAAUGAAUAUGGAUCGCUGUUCAGCUGGAGUAGUAGUCAUUAAUAGGCCAAAACAUUUUACAAUUUGUUAGCAUUCAUGAUUUUUUUUUUUUUUUUGGUACAAUAUACCAAUGUUUUAAUAUUUUGCAUUAUAGUAUCUUACAUUAUGUAUUGCAUAUACAAUACGUGCAUUUUUUUAAUUUUACAACUUUCAUGUUUAAUUUCUAUAGCUAAGGUUUGGACAUUUAAAUUAAGGUUUCUCAUAAGUAGUUAAUAAUGCAACAAAAAAAAAAAAAUAUAAAAUAUAUACCUAAGCCUAAUUUUCUUCAUAGAUAUUUUUACUUCAAAUUUGAAUCUAAUUAGAGAGUUAUUUAAAUGGAGAAUAACGAUUUUUGUUAGCUUGUUUUAAUUUAAAAGUCUAUUAUAGUUUAAUCACACUAUGGCAUAUCUUUGGCAAUAAUUAUUCUAAGUAUCAGUAUAACCAACAAUAAAAUAAAUAACUUUUAUAGAAAAAAGAU